AUGGUUCCCAUCAAAAAUUAUGUUGCCCUCACCGUCUCUUAUAUCAAAUACCUAUUACACCUCCUUCAUCAAUUCAUUAGUUUUCUUUCCCAUCGGCUAUGGUUCUACUGUAUCGAUGCUUUCUCGAUGUUCCAGUUACUAACACUGGUGGUAGAAGAAGACGGUGGAUCGGCGGUACCAUACCAAGCGCCUAUACAGAAAUGGGAACCCGUUUCGAUGCAGCAACGACAUGGGAGUUCGAUUGUUGAAGUCUAUCGCAUUAUAGAAGAGACUGUUGACCAAUUUUUUGCUCUAAAGAUUCCUAUGAGAUCUGGAGAAAUGAACAGCUUGUUCUGA